AUGAGUUCUUCAAUAAAAACGAAAGACUUAAAGAAGGAUGCGGGAUGGAGGGGAUCGCUUUCGACUUUGAUAAAUCUCCUCAAUGGAGUUGAUGAGUUCUGCUGUUGUUAUCAUUGGAAUUUUGCUUGCAAGGCGUGCAAUUACUGUGAACAACUGAAAAUUAGAUUACCUCCACUAAUAGGAUGAAUUGCUGAGAAUAGCUCAUUUAAUGAAAUUCUUGAAGAUAAAUUUAAACAAAUUAAAACUGAAUGUAGAUCUUGCAAAGCCAAAGAUAGUGUCCUUCCAGAAAAUAUUAAGGUUCCAUUAUAUUGUUUUAUAUUUUUAGACGAAAACGAAAGUCAAAUAAAUUUACAAAAAAUUAACUAUUUAGAAUGUAAGACAGUGAAGUACACUUUGGCAGGAAUUAUUAUGGAACAGCACUCACAUUUUACGUCUCUAGUUAAAAGCCCUAUUAUAAAGAUUAAUGGCCAAUUCAACUCAAUAACAGGCUCCUUUAUGCAUGAUGGGAUGAGAAAUGAUGGUAAUUUGUUAAAAAUCGACAGAACUAUAACAAGAUGUAUUGGAAAAGCAAAGCCUUAUGUUCUAUUGUAUCACAGACUUUAA